AGGUUGAGGCGGAAUGGCACACUUGCUGGAGACUCGCCAAAGCUUCUCGGGGAGCGGUGCCACGGUGGAGAGAGGGGCGAAGGAAGCGCGAGGGAGCAGAGGGGAAAGGAAAAAGCCUAUGCCUGCAGUAGAGAGACUUGGCAGGGCUUCUUUUCUUUUGUCUGUCUGGUUCAGGGCUGCAGCGCCAGAGGAAAUCAGGAAACGUCCAGGCAUGGUGGUUCUGGUGGUGGACGGGGACAAUUUCAGCGUUUGUGAUGAAAAAAAACAACAACAACUAACAACCCCAAAACAUUCUGACUGAAUCGACUGGAAACUAAACUUCGCCAAACAUGAUGUGAAUGGAAACAGGACUGUUCCACCUUUCCCAGAGGGCACAGAGAUGGUGAUGUUUGGCAUGGGCUGUUUCUGGGGAGCAGAGAGGAAGUUUUGGACACAAAAGGGAGUUUACUCCACCCAAGUUGGCUACUCUGGGGGAUACACACCUAACGCCACUUACGAGGAAGUGUGCACAGGCAGAACGGGACACACCGAGGUGGUGCGAGUUGUUUACCAUCCAGAGAAGAUCAGCUUCAACGGUCUCCUGAAGGUCUUCUGGGAAAGCCAUGAUCCGACUCAAGGGAUGCGUCAAGGGAACGACGUCGGGACGACGUACCGCUCUGCCAUCUACGCCUACACGCAGCAGCAGCUCGAGGAAGCGUUGGCCUCCAAAGAUCAGUACCAGAAGGUUCUUACAGAGGAAGGCUUUGGUCCAAUUACCACCGAAAUCACUCAAGCCAAGCCAUUUUAUUAUGCUGAGGACUACCACCAACAGUACCUGAGUAAAAACCCACAUGGAUACUGUGGCCUGGGAGGGACAGGAGUCUCCUGUCCGAUAGGACUCAACAAGAAGGCCUGAGAAAUCCUCACCAAUCUGUCCUAAAUGCAAAGAGAGGUCAACAUCGCAGCACUUAUGACAUGUAACGCAGUUUCUUAUCAUAUCGUAAUUUCCUGCUCUGCCUGUCUGUAAGAUGAGGCUGUAAAUUGAACUCUAGUUUGACAAAAAUUGUGAAAUCGAUCAGAUUUUUCUUUUUGUUUGAAGCCUUUUUAUAAUAAAAGGCCUUUAACUUUCUAUUUUUAUAAUCUGUUUUUAUGAGUUAUUUUAAAAUUACAGCUGCUUAUGAAAUGAUUUUGACAGUUUUGCCCAGAGGAUUAUUAUUUAGGAGCUGUGCGCUUUGGAAGUGAUGCAAUUUGUUUUGAAUAAAGCAGCCUGUGACAUUAGAAA